UUUAUUAAGUUCAUAAGUAAUUCGCGGAUGUUGAUGUCGACAGUGCUGCGGGCUUAAAAAAUGACAGAAGCUAGGUAAAAGGUCUUGGCCCCCAAUAAACACCGGAUCCAUUACUGAACUCAAUGUUUCAGUUGUAAAACGUACCUUACUCGCCAAGGCAGUAGCUUUGUUUCCACGGCUCAAUAAAAACAAUUAGAGUAAACUACAGUGCCAAAAUCACCAUUUAAAGCUAUAUAUAUGUACGUUCAAAUACAUUUAACACUCUGUAUAUCCAAUGGAAAAGCCAAACGAUUAUCAUCGUCAAAGACAACCAACAAAGUAUGAAGGUGUAGCUCACUCAUCACAUCCACAACAGUCAACUUUUCAUGGCAUAGAUGAAGAUGCUACCUCCAUGGGCAUAUUAACGCAGAGGUCCAUCCAAUCAGCGAUAUUACAAAAAGCAACAAAAAUGUCUUCACCCUCGCCGCUGCCUUUACAUAAGAGUCCUAAAUCUCCAAGAUGCUUACCUGUGAAAAUCGUGAAUUCCUACGAAGCAACGAGGCAAUCACCGCAAAGCCCUGCGGCACGAAACUCCUACCGGGCACAAAGCUCAGAACCCUACAUAAUGGUUGGCAGAAGUGGAAAUAUUAGCAGCUUAAAUGAAAAUCCACCUCGUAGCCCGAAAAUUACAACCACUUACGCCAAUGAUAGCUGCGAUGAUACGUCGUCUACGGCGUCUUAUUACCAAACACCGACUUCUGGCUCCCGUAGCCCACGUGGCAUAUCUUCCCAUGAAAAUUCAAUGGAUUCACCAUCUUCAGGAGCAUUUCUUAGUGGGCCUGGGACAUCAUCACCUCGACGAAGCCCAAACUCUCCUAGAAAAUUUGUGUUUGAAGCUAUAAGUCCGAUGUUGGAUUCGUCUUAUAAAAAAUUUGAGUACUAUGAACCAAUAUCACCCGAAGAAGAAUUUUCUAAUCAAUCAUAUAAAGUAAAUAGUAAUGAAUAUUUUGGUGCACCACCACAAGUACCUGCUUCACCAAAAAUGUUUGAACCGAGGAGGAAGAAUUCUAAAAAACUUUUCCGUUCCACGCCUUUAGAUAACAAUGAAGAGAUCAAGCCUUUGGAGUGGGAGAUGUCACAAAUUGACGAACGUUGUUUGAAUAGUCAGAAUUAUUAUAUUAAAAGAGAUUCCUGUGUUACAGAGAGCACUCAACUAUCGCUAGAGUCAAACGAUACAACAAAUAGUACUAUUGCCACUGCUACCACAUCUUUCUCCGAACGAUCCAAAACGGAUGAGUCAUCUUCAAAAACAGUUCCUUGUGAAACAAGGCCUUUAGAUCAACGGGGAAGAAGUAGACAUCGUCGUCAUGCGAUUAAUAUAACUUCUAAUCCUUGCUAUCAGGUACUUCACAGCUCGCACUCUACAUUAGAUCGAACAUGCUCAGAUAGCGCAGCAUCGCUACAGCUUCGCAAAUCAACCAGCGAUUUAACUAAAGGCUCUGAUGCUAUACUAAAACAUAAAACUCUAGAAGAUUCGAUAUCAACUGGUUAUAAGCCGAGAAGGAGAGGUAGUUCCAAAGGUGGACUCGCAUAUUUAGCUAGUCGGCGGAGCUCUCGCGAUUCCAUGAAGAGCGUAUGUUCCAAUGCGUCUAUUUUUUCAAAUGAUGAUAUUGGCCCACUCGCUUUUCAAGCAUCAAACCGCGGAAGACAACGUCGAACAUCAAACUUUCUUGAACUACCAGUUCCAGAUCAUAUACGUCCACGUGUGUGCUCUCUACCGGAACGACCUUAUAAUCCUCGGGCUAGUGAUGAUCUUUAUCGAUUAAGACAUUUUUCAAUAAGCAAAGGGAAUGUGGUGAAUUGUGGUGAUUCUAUAAUAUCAAGACGAUCACGUAGCAACACCAGUGUCAACUCUACUAAUAGCAGAGCAAGCGAGCGUUCGCCAUUUGAAGGUUCUUGCUGUGGAGGAGGAUAUGCUAAUGUUGAUUCGGUUCCCACUUCGCCAGACUCGGAAGACCUCGAGCCGCCACCCCCACCACGAUACCGAAUAGUUAUGUUAGGUGAUUCUGGCGUUGGGAAAACUGCUUUGGUUAAUCAAUUUAUGACAUCGGAAUAUAUGCAUACAUACGAUGCGAGUCUAGAUGACGAAUUCGGUGAAAAAACAGUGAGUGUGCUUUUGGACGACGAGGAAUCUGAGUUGGUAUUCAUUGAUCACCCGAGAGUUGAAAUGAGUGUGGAAAACUCUUUGUCAACGUAUGAACCACAUGGUUGUGUCGUUGUUUUCUCUGUGGUUGAAAAGUCGUCCUUCCGCGUGGCUGAAGAAAUCAUAAAAUAUUUAUGGCAAGAAAACUACAUUAAAGACAAAGCAGUUAUUCUCGUAGGAAAUAAAGCAGACUUGGCUCGCGCUAGAGUCAUAACUACACAAGAAGGCAAGGCUUUAGCUGCCUCACACGACGCUAAAUUUAUUGAAACUUCCAGCGGCAUUCAACACAACGUUGAUGAACUAUUAGUAGGCAUACUAAAGCAGAUGCGCUUGAAGGAAACUCGUGAAAAGAAGGCUACCUCAACGAAGCUGAAACCAUCUCGAACACACAUAUCGCUGCAUUUGGCUAAAGAAAUCUUGCAAAAAAUUUGUCUCAGUGAUAUAUCGAAAUCGAAGAGCUGUGAGAAUCUGCACGUUCUUUAAGUGUUACGCGUAAGCUAAGCUGAAGAGAUUUGAAGAGAAAUUUUAGAAAAGUCCCCUUACUUAGAAGAAUCUUUAGAUGAGCAUUUAUAAGAAAAAUAUACAUAUGCAUGAAUAAGAUUAUGUAUUUAUAUGUGCGUAAGUAGUAUAA